UGCGGCCGCCCGCCCGCUCGCCCGCCAUGACCAGGGCGCAGCUAACGCGGACGCGGAUCCUGCGUAUGGCGCUGGGCGGUGACAGCGCCGACCCGCUGCUACCGGCGGAGGGCGAUGGGGGCCGGCGGGCACCCUUCCUGCUGCGGGCCCUGCGCAUCGCCGUGGUGGUCUGUCUCUACUGGUUCACCUCCAUCGCCAUGGUCUUCCUUAACAAGUACCUGCUGGACAGCCCCUCGCUGCGCCUCGACGCCCCCAUCUUUGUCACCUUCUUCCAGUGCGCCCUGACGGCCACCCUCUGCUUGGGACCCAGCCUGGGGGCAGCCUGCGGGCCUCCCUGCCCUGGCCUGCCCACCCUCCGGCUCGACCUCAAGGUGUCCCGCAGUGUCCUGCCCCUCUCUGCCGUCUUCAUCGGCAUGGUCACUUCCAAUAACCUCUGCCUUAAGCACGUCGGUGUGGCCUUCUACAACGUGGGACGCUCCCUCACCACGGUCUUCAACGUGCUGCUCUCCUACCUGCUCCUCAAGCAGACCACCUCCCUCUACGCCCUCCUGGCCUGCGGAGUCAUCAUAGGUGGCUUCUGGCUGGGUGUUGACCAGGAAGGAGCAGAGGGCACACUGUCAUGGACAGGUAUAUUCUUUGGGAUCUUAGCAAGCCUCUGUGUCUCUCUCAACGCCAUCUACACAAAGAAGGUGCUGCCUGUGGUGGAUGGUAGCAUCUGGCGCCUGACCUUCUACAACAACCUCAAUGCUUGUGUCCUCUUCUUCCCCCUCAUGAUGGUGCUUGGCGAGUUUCGCACCCUCUACCAUUUUGACAAGCUGUGGAAUCCCAGUUUUUGGGGCAUGAUGAUCCUCGGGGGAGUAUUUGGCUUUGCCAUUGGCUACGUGACAGGACUGCAGAUUAAGUUCACCAGCCCACUCACCCACAACGUGUCUGGGACUGCCAAGGCCUGUGCUCAAACAGUGCUGGCUGUUAUCUACUUUGAGGAAACAAAGAGCUUCUUGUGGUGGACAAGUAACUUAAUGGUGCUGGGAGGCUCCUUUGCCUACACAUGGGUAAAAGGGCUGGAGAUGAGAAAGGUUCAAGAGGAUCCUAAUGUCAAAAACAGUGCAAGAAAUGAGAGUGGUGUGUAAGCAACUCCUGCACCUCUAUUUCUGUACUGAGGAGGUUACCCUUUGGUGCUCAUUUCUUCCUGGGGAGUAGAAGAACAAGGAGCAUGAAGAAAUUCACCUCCUAAGUGUGUGGGGGAACUGUGUCAGGAACCAGAGCCAAAGGCCUGACCAUAUCAUGUGUUAUCCAUGGGAUCUCACUCUGUAUUGGAGUUGGGGAUAGCAUGUGUUGUAGAGAACAAUCAUGGUUUUUGUGAUAAUUUUUUAAAAAUUGAUGUUGCUAUUUACCUAAUCUGGGUAAUUUGCAUCUUGGGUGGGGAGGGGUUGGGCUCAGGCUUGUAGCAGUCAAAGACCAGGAUGGGAGUUUUGUGUAGUUUGAGAUCUAGAAUUAACUGAAUGAAUGCAGUCUGAAGUUACGAAAUCCUGAACCUGAUAGGAAGAGGCAGGCAGCCAGACUGUUGGGGAUAGGCUUCUUGUAAACUGUUCUGCUGUCAAAUGAUUAGUAACAGCUCUGCUUCCUGUUGUCCUGGUCCAUACAAAGGAUGGGAAUUUCCCUCCCUUCUGGUUCUGUACAAGCCUGAGCAGCAGCAGUGUGUCCAAAUCUCCAAAGAGUCAGUGUCACAUCCUGCUGAGGUCUCUUGUGUUUCUUUCCACCUGGUUUAUUUGCUCCAGAAAUCAUGCUAAGAAUCAGGAAUUAAACUUCUUAUUCUCUCUGCACCAUGUUCUGUGGGGGAUGGUGUGCUCUCUCAAGUGGGCUCUCUCAGGAGAGUGGCCUCUGCCUCUCUCAGUGACAAGCACAUGGGGAAAAGUUACUUGGAAGCACUGGGUAGAGAUCUCAGUUCAUGGGAUUCACAACGUUUGUGGUCUUUACCCUCUGUGUAGGGGGUAGAUUUGUGUUGGAAAAUGGGUUUUUUACUAAUUAUGCAUCUUUUGGGGAACUUGUUCCAUUCCUACCUUGAAUCUCCUCUGGUGUUUGCAGUUUGUCUUGUAGCUUGUUCCUUUUAAACACCCCCCAUGAU